AUGUUGGUGGAAUUAGGAAUCCAAUCUGUGGAGAUCCUGGGAGAUUCCAUGCUUGUCUUAAAACAAAUUGCUGGAGAAUACAAGUGCUUGAGUCCUUCUUUAGCUGUCUAUCUAGUGGCAGCCAGAAACCUUCUGACAGAAUUCAGAGAACCUACUUGGGACCACAUCCCAAGGGAAGAGAACUUUGCAGCAAAUGAAUUGGCUCAAGUGGCAACAAGUAUACAAAUGCCUGAAGACUGUGUGCAACGGAUCAUCAAGGUAGGGAAGAAGAGUCUACCAUCUGUUCUGACCAAAGGGAUGGGAAUAAACGUCAAUUCUGCCAUAAUCACUGAAGAUGAUUGGAGAAAUCCUAUCAUAAAUUACUUGCAAUAUCCAACCCUACCCUCUGAAAAGAGAGUCAGAAUCAUGGCUUUAAACUACGUUAUGUGGAAUGUAGAUUUGGUCCGAAAGAGCAAGGAUGAGGUACUUCUAAGGUGCCUUGGAAAGAAAGAAUACAUGAAAGUCAUGGGAGAAACUCAUGAAGGAAUCUGUGGAGCUCACCAAGGUGGAAGAAAGAUGUGCUAG